AUUUGACGAUUCGCGCACUCCGAUUCGAACGACCCGCCGACCACUUCACCCUUCGACGGCACGUUUGCCUCCCCCCGCUGCCGACCUCACCUGAUUGCGCAGUCUUGGACGCGGCGCUUUCCUAAUGUUCAGUCGGUCUCGGAAGGGUUCGAAAGGGUUCGGCUUUGGAUCUUCAAGCACCAAAGACAGUCAGGUUAACCACCUCCUCGAUCUUGGUCUUGUGAGCCCCAAGGCCAUACAAGACCCCUACCGUCCUGGUACCGCCACCACAACAAGGACAAACAACACUUGGACGGAUGCGCCGUCCUUCCCAGAAAAGAGUACGUAUGCUCCCAAUUUGACUCCGGCCUGUGACUGCUUGAGCGCCGCGAAUUGACUUUCCGUCUGAAUGACCGACUGUUAAUCACUUUGCUUUUGACGUCCAAUCUUUCUAAAAAAGUUACUCUUGCUAAUCAAGCUACACACAGACGU